AUUGUUUAAUUGGCCACUGUUUAUUAUAUAUUGCAAUAAAAGAGAGAAUUUUUCGCUGGGGUACUCAUAACCGCAUCCGUUGCCCUGUGCUAACGAAAGCUAAUUAAAUUACACAAAGACGACAUCUUCUCUGUUUGUCUGUCCGUCUGUCUGUCUACGUCAUUGCUAUUUUCGUACAAACACUACUAUCUACAUACAUACAUAUAUUAUGGAACGCCAACAACAACAAGUAGCGCCAGUGGCACAAGAGCAACUAGACAUCGAGGACAGCAUGAAGCAUUGCUUUGAGAACCUUAUUGUCAUCGAUGUAGGCGCAAAUUUGACCAACAAGAAGUAUAGCCGUGAUCUGGAUUCCGUUGUUCAAAGAGCCAGAGACGCAGGUGUUCAGAAGCUAAUGGUACACGGCACUUCGGUCAAAUCGAGUAAGGAAGCGUUGCGUCUAUCGCGUAUUUACCCCGACAUUAUCUAUUCGACUGCUGGCAUACAUCCGCACGACUCAAAGUCGAUUGUGGAGGAGCCGUCCACAUGGUUCGACUUUGAGCAUAUUGCACAGGCACAGGAGUGCGUGGCGAUUGGUCCAUGUGGCUUGGACUAUCAGCGCGAUUUCUCCGAGCCAGAUGUGCAAAAACAGAUUUUUGCCAAGCAACUGCACUUGGCAAUUCAUCUAAAGAAACCUCUGCUGAUACACGAGCGAUCGGCUCAGCAUGAUGUACUCGAAAUACUCGACAAAUUCGAGAAUCUACCGCCAGUUAUCAUCAGAGGCUUCAUGGGCACCGCUGAGGAGGCACUCAAGUAUCUAGAUCGCAGAUUCUAUAUCAGCUUAACUGGGUACUUGUGCAAGGAUAAAUCUGAUACAGGUGUCCGCCGCUUGCUCGAUAAUGGAACGUUGCCAUUGGACAGGCUGCUGGUGGAAACCGAUGCUCCAUUUAUGUAUCCCAAUACUCGAGCGUCAAAGCUACCGCAGCAUGUGAAAAGUGGCAUUACAGAACGCUCGUUGUUGUAUUUACACAGAUAUUGCACCUUUCAACGCAACGAGCCCUGCAGCUUGCCAGCAAUUGUGGAAAUGAUAGCUGCUUUUAUGAAGAAAACACCGGACGAGGUCGCCUUGGCCACUGCCUUUAAUGCCUUAAAGCUCUUUGGCUUGUCCUAAGUAUGGUGCAAGCGGCUUAAUAUAUACAUAAUUUCUCGAGCCUGAGAUUCACACGAAAGACUCACACCAUGUGCCUUAAAUUCUAACCGAAUUCAGGAUGUGCUAAACCCUGAGAACACUUACAUACGCAAGCGAACUCCACACUCAAACUCACAUAACUACGACGCAUUCGCAUGCGACUUGCAAGAAAUACUUCAUAACUCUCCCUCCUAUAUAUUUUAUAUUAUAACUGCGAAUUUUUGUUUACGUGAAAAUUUUUUAGCUUUAAGUUGCUUGGUAAGCAAUGACUCUGUUUACAACCGAUUUUCGGUGCCAAGGUGGUGCCAAGUGAAGCAGAGGUAUUGUCAGAUACGCAAACUCAAUUUGCACCUGUUUUCCUCUGUUUCACACCAUACGAAGCGUGCGCUUCGUGACUGUUAAAAUGCUGCAGCUCUUAGUUAUUUUCAUUGUGUUUUUUCAUAAGAUAUUUUGUCUAUAUUCUUAAGAUACAUUAUUUAGUUAGGGUUCCUGUUUUGUAUACCAACCUUGUAGGUGUUUCAUUUAGUUUUAUAAUACUUUUGUAAAUAUUUAUUUUGUUGUUCGUUGUGAAGAUGAUGAUGAUGAUUAUUAUGGUAAACGUGAUGUGAUCAUUUUAUGAGCUAAAUAUUUAUAUAAUAUUCACAUUUAGUUAGUGCUAUGAGUAUACCUACACAAUAUAUAUA